AUGGAUCCGGAGAACGUGACAGGUCAAUCGACGACAGUCGUCCGUCAGGGACACACCUUCGAUGAGAAAAAGCUCGAACGUUACCUCGUCGAAAACAUUACAACAUUCACAGCACCCCUUACAGUUCGCAUGUUCAGCAACGGGCAAUCAAAUCCAACCUUCCUGCUGGUUGACGGUGCCGGAACCAAAUACGUGCUACGAAAACAACCUCCUGGAAUACAAAGCAAAACAGCUCAUGCCAUGGAUCGAGAAUACAAGAUCAUGUCGCACUUGAAAAAAUACUCGGAUUUCCCCGUUCCAACAGUCUAUUGUCUAUGUGAAGAUCGAGGUGUUAUCGGAACGUCGUUCUACGUAAUGAGUUUUGUCGAGGGUCGAAUCUUUGUCGACAACUUGCUACCAUCCGUUGCAGUGAAGGAGAAACCAGCGUACUGGUACUGCAUGAUGGAAACACUCGCCAAAUUCCAUAAAAUCACACCCGAGUCUGUGAAAUUGACUGAUUUUGGAAAAAUGGGUGGUUAUUAUGAGCGCCAACUAAAGAAUUUCGCAAAACUCUCAGAAACCCAAUCCCAAGUGACAUCCCCAUCCGGUGAAGUCGUCGGCGCACUACCACGCCAAGCCGACAUUCUUAAAUGGCUGCAUCGCAAUAUGGUGCCUGAUGAAGUGUCGAUCUUGCAUGGCGACUAUAAGGGGGAUAAUGUGUGCUUUCAUCCGACGCAGGUCAGGAUUGAGGCUGUUUUGGAUUGGGAAUUGGCAACAAUAGGACAUCCUUUAGCAGAUCUGGCGCAUUGUUUAAACUUUUAUUAUAUGCCGGCCUCGAUGCCUAGGCCACGGGGGGUCAGAGACGUUGCUGACUUGCCGAUACCACCAGUGAAUGAGCUAAUCCAAGUAUACUGCAAAGCUGUUGGAAGGAGUUACCCGAUUCCAAAGUGGGAGUUUUGUGUUGCGUUCUCUUUAUGGAGGCUGGCUGUUAUAAGACAAGGUGUUCAUUCGAGAGUAUUGUUGGGACAGAAUUCUAAUCAACAUGCAGCAGCUACAUCUAAAUCGUUUAUUCAGUUGGCUGAACUUGCUGCUGAAAUAAUAGACCGUGGUAAUUUGACUCAGCCAUCCUUGUAA